ACGUAAGCUUUUUUAAGUGUUGUAAAAUUUGUUGUCUUUUUUAUGUUUUCGUAAAAGUGUGCAUAUAUGGGCAGAUAUAUAUGUGUACUUAUCAGAUCCGCGUUGACCCCUCUCAAUUGUGCCCAAAUAUUAUUUUUUUCUCAUGCGCCAUUUUUUUUUUUGUAAGUUUGUUUGGUCUCCCUUUCAUUUUUAAAGGGUAUCACAAUAGCGAAGUUGCUUUAAAAAAAAAAGUGCCGUCAUUUUGAUCUCCCUAUAUUUCUCCUACAAAUUGGACACUGCGAUUAAAUACCCAAGUUGGAGAAAACGCGAUAAAUGCGUAAACAUGCCUGAAUAAGUACAUACGAACGAUCAAAUGUAGACGGAAAGGCAAAACUAACAGGCCGAAUUUGCUUAUUUCUCACAAGCUGCAGGUAACUCGCGUGUUAGGAGCCUCCGAAUGGGUGAAUUUUUCCAACGACACAAGGUUCUCUCCCGUUCGCCAUCAAAAGAAAGGGUAAAAGGGCCAAUAGUUCCCGUUUGUCGAAAAGAACCACUUCAUCGUUUUGGGCCAACCGCAAUAGCGAUAGCGGCCGAAAUAGCAGCACGAAUUGCAAUCGUAAGCCUGCCCCUCCACCAGCAAAAUGUCGGAUAUAUCAGACUUCUCCGAAACUGAGGAGUUUUCGGAAAACGAAAAGCAAAAGAAAUUCUUCAAAAAGAAAAAGUCCAUAAACUCCAGUCUCUCACAGAACAACACGACAGACAAAGCGGAGAUGUUCAGCAAAAACAGCAGCAUGCGAAGCGUUGACACUGCUCUGGAAGUGAAUGGAAAGUUAUCUAUUCAAAAGUCAGGAACAUUCGCAUCAACAAAAAGUGGCGUGACGAAAAAGGGGUCUCAAGAUGAGCAUAUGCUAAUUGGAAACGAAUCCAAAUCGUUUAAAAAUUUAUAUAGUGCCUCUAACUCUAAGCUGAAAGAAGAAGGGAAACCCAGUCCCACUCCCAGCCCAAACGCAAGAGUAGCGGAUUGUGUCAUGUCCCCACCAGAAUUUUUUCUGUCCCAUAUUUAUCACGACAAUAAAGUGUUUACAAAAAAGUAUGGCCACUCUAUAGUAGAAUACGAAAAUGAGUUCUUCAUAUACGGGGGAAUCAAUUCUCAAAAUGAAUAUCUGGACGAGUUUCUAACAUUUACAUAUGGCCUCAACACAUUUACAUCUAAAAAGUUAAGUGUAAAUCCAGGGAAAAGAGCCUAUUCGUCCAUGACCUUAACAUACAAUAUUAAUAACAACCCAUCGUUAUUGCUAUUUGGAGGAUUAUGUGGGCCAAACGUAUUGGCAAAAGAUUGCUACAUGUAUGAUUUUUUGGAAGACACCUGGUCCAAAUAUACCUACAAAUUAGAGUCCAUUCCAGGAACAAGAUAUGGCCAUUCUUACACCUUUUGCUCUAGUACCUAUACGACCGUGAUUUGGGGGGGACUAAACCGAAAUAACGAAUUGCUAAAUACGGGUCAUAAAUUUAUUGGUGGAGAAUGGUCUGAAAUAAAGCACAAGGGGAUAUGUCCAUCGGGAAGAGUCUUUUCCUCCAUGGUUUGGCUAGAUAGAGUUACAAAAGAUAAUGUCAAUUAUAGCUUUCUCUAUCUGUUUGGGGGGGACACGACAAAUAAAGGGACACCAACAGAUGAGUUAUGGGUAUAUAAUUUCAAAAAUGAGAAUUGGACAAUGGUGAAGAAUUCCUCUGGGGAAGCCCCCUGUCCUAGGUGGAAACAUGGAGCUGUUAUUAUUGAUAAGAACAUGUGGAUCAGUGGUGGGCUAUGUUCUGGGUGGUUUUCAAAUUAUUCCAUCCCAGAUUUGUAUGUAUAUGAUAUACCCUCCAAUUGUUGGUUUAACUGCCAGAUAGCAUCCAAGCAGAUUCAUAAUUGUUACGACUAUGGUACAUUAAAUUUGCAUUCACAGACAAAGGCUUUCUUCCUGUUCGGAGGCAAAAAUGCGAACAAUGACCCUACCUCAAAUGUGUGUAGGUUUGCACCUCUAUGCACAAGUGUGUCCAUUAUGACCAUGAGGAAUGAGAUAAAGAGAUUUUCUAACUAUGUCCUUGAAGUGAAAAAGGAGUCCGAAGAAACGGCAAAUAAUGUGUCGGAAAUGCAGAAGAUUAUUCACACCUUCAGCUUGGAUAUAAAAGAUUUCAAGAUAUUGUUUGAGGCCCUCACGCGAAGUAUACAAAUGCUUAAGGAGAAUAUAGAGAACGUGGACAGGGAAGUGGCUCUUCUGAAGCAGCACCUUUCUGGGGCUGAGAAGAAGGAGGUGGAUGUUGAGAAGGCACCCGCAGUGGGCGUCCAACCUUCAGCCACCGAGCCAGUUGCCGACACGGAAGUUAAGGCAAAUGAGGUGGGAGUAGCGGAGGGGCAGUGA